CAAGACUUGAACAAGAUACUGUAAUAAUAGUUAUGGUAAAGAACAAACACCAAAGAAGGAUCACAUGACAAAUUCACCGGAGGCAAUUGGAGCUCAACAUGCGCCCUAAGGAAGCAUCAGACAGCCGGGUGUCAAACUCAAGUUCAACGAUGCCUGUACAGGAAUCAAUUGACACACAUGAAUAUGUGCAUAUCGGAGAAUAUAAUCCGGAACUGCGUCAACAGCUUAGAGGAAUGAGGUGUAGAAGGGUGCAAUGGUUACAUUUGCACAUUUCUGAACGAAUUACAAAAAUAGGCGGUAUUCACCCCCGCAGUGGUGAUCACACUAACAUUCCUAUGUACCGCAUACUCGAGCCACAGAGACAAGCAAGACUAAGACAAUCACUGUUAAGUGGUUCGAGACGAGAAGCCCCAAUGGUCACCAGACAAAGAAAAAACACGGAACAAUCAAAGUCCAAUGGGGGAUGAAUUGGCGCAAUUCGAUGAUCAGCUUAAAGAACAACCAUAGAAAUCAAGUGGCGUAACGAGAAAGCGAUUAGAAAGAGGUUGUGUUCAUCGGUGGACUGCAGGGGGUGGUGCAUAAGUUUAGAUUUUGAUCUCCACAUCUUUUGACCAGGGAAUAACGCGACGGUCGGAGACGAACUCGUUUAUUGGUUCCUUCACACCAAUUGGAAGAUUGGCCAAGUAAAACGGAGUGUCAGCACCU